AUGACGCUUGGCGAAGCAUUUCGCUCCCACCGGCCAGCAAUGCUGUGGGCAAUGGCAAUCUCUCUCCAAGGUAUCAUGGAGGGCUAUAACAUCGCACUGGUAGGCGCGCUCGUCGCAGCGCCAGCAUUCCAAAGGCGAUAUGGCGACUACUAUGACCCUGAGCUGGGCUAUCAAGUCAGCUUCAGGUGGCAGAUGGCAUUCAUGCUGGGUGCAGCAGCUGGAGGGAUCGUGGGCGGCCUGCUGAGUGGUUACAUGAUUGAGAAGAUUGGUGCGCGGAUCACCAUCAUGACUGCCCACGUCGUGCUCUGUGGUACCAUUGCCAUUACUUUCUGCGCUCCGAGCAUCCAAGUCCUGUUCGUUGGCUGCCUCUGCAAUGGCCUUCCAUGGGGUAUUUUGGCAGGUGUCGGACCUGUCUAUGCAUCUGAGGUCUGUCCCACAGCUGUUCGGGGCUACUUGAUCAACUUCGUCAACUUCGCAUGGUCAUGCGGUGGCUUGCUGGCUGCUGGUGUGCUGCAGCCCUUCUCGACAGUUAUGAGCCAGUGGGCGUACAGAAUCCCCUUUGCCAUACAGUGGAUUUGGCCAGUCCCACUUUUCCUCAUCGCGUUCUUCGCGCCGUCAAGCCCAUGGUGGCUCAUUCGUCGCGGACGCAUUGAAGAGACUAGGAAGUCGCUCCGCAGUCUUACACGCGGACUUUCUGACAAGGAAAUUGAUGCAAAAAUUGCGCUCAUGAAGCACACGGAUGAGUACGAGAAGAUGGCGAAGACAGAGUCGAGCUUCGCGGACUGCUUCAAGGGCACCAAUCUGCCUCGAACGGAGAUCGCAGCUGUUGUUCUGACAAGUCAGGCAAUAACAGGCCAGGUCCUGGCCGCAAGUCCAACCAUAGGCGCGGGCGCACUCGGGGUUGCUGGGAACAUUUUCUGCUGGUUCCUCAUGGCAUGGUUUGGUCGGCGUCGUCUUUUCUUAUUUGGCCUCGCCGGUUGCGGUGCCUCUCUCAUGAUUGUCGGCAUCCUGGACUCAUUCGGCGGCCGUGCAAUUCCUUUCGUCCAGGCAGCCUUGUGCCUCGUCUGGAUGGCCAUCUACUCAUCAAUCGUAGCACCCGGAUCUUACACAAUCGCAGGUGAGAUUUCCGCCACACGGGUUCGCUCCCAGACGAUGGGUUUCUCAAGAGCUGUUUUUGGGAUCUUGAGCGUCACCGCAGGCGUGGUGCAAACAUAUAUCACCAAUCCGACAGGUGCCAAUAUCUCAGGAAAGGCCGCUUACGUUUGGUUCGGAGGCUCGACCAUCCUCUUCAUUUGGGCGUUCUUUCGUCUGCCAGAGACCAAGGGUCGGACGUAUGAAGAGCUUGAUAUUCUAUUCGAGACAGGAGUCACAGCCCGUAAAUUCCGCAAGCAACACAUCGAGGUCGUUGCCGAGAACAACCAUAAGAUCGUCGACGAUGCCGAUCCGUGA